CAGCAAGUGGCAAAUGACCUGUCCCCUGUCUCUCUACUCCAUUCGACGAUCGCACCGUUCGCACCAUGUCUCAAGGAGGGCAUCCAGAGGACUUGCCUGUGGCACGACUCAAAAUCUACAGGUUCUCCGGACGGGAUGCCGUAACAUACCCGCUCUACAAGGGUAUUAAUAAGGCAGGCAGAGAUCCCCGCAAAGUUCGUGUGUACCUGCCAUGGGACAAUUGCCUCGACACCCAUGCUGCAAUCGGUAUGGAAAGAGUCUAUAUAGUCCGCUCUACCAAUCAUGGAGGUCAACCGUUUGACUCAUUACCGAUUUCAAUAUCAUGCUGUCUACCGUAGAAUGCGAUGAAGACGGAACCGCAGCUGUUAUGGUUUAUGAAGGCGGGGCACCGUCUACAAUCUGGGGCAAAAAAAGUAUGAUUCCGGGGCAGUGGUAUCACAUUUCGAAUGG